AUGGAAUUAAAUUCACAAAAAGCAAAAGGUGGAGAAAUUUCAGAAGUUGAACAAGAUUCUUCCCCAAAAAAAUUAGAGCAAAACCCUAAUUCCAAAGCUCAAAUCAAUUUUUCUCCCAAUCUAAAAAAUACUAAACCCCAAAAGAUGUCAAUAAUUGGAGAAGGAAAGGAAACAACCACCGCCAAGACAAUCACGGCAGUCGGCAGCUCCCCCUCUCCCACGGCAGCAGGUGCGUGUUCAGCUCCAAUCCCAGGCGUUUCAGUGGCGGUGAAAUCAGGCAACGGCAGCGUCAUCCCUCUCCGCCAGCAGCUCGACUCGGUGGCCAGCAGCCGCGACCUUCCUUUCCAGCAGCAGCAGUUUAAUCCGGUGGCCAGCAGCGGCGGCGUCGUCCAUCUCCGCCAGCAGCUCCAUCCAGUAGCCAGCAGCGGCGAUCUUCUUUUCCAGCAGCAGCUCGGCGUGGUGGCCAGCAGCAGUGGCGCUGUUCCUUUUCUGCAGCAGCUCAAUCCGGCCAGCAGCAGCGGUGCUGCCCCUUCCCAACAGCAGCUCAAUCCGGCCAGCAGCAGCGGUGCUGCCCCUUCCCAACAGCAGCUCAAUCCGGCCAGCAGCAGCGGUGCUGCCCCUUCGCAACAGCAGCUCAAUCCGGCCAGCAGCCAUCCUUCUGCAGCUACUCCUUUUGGACUCAAUUCGGCUUCUAUUCCGAAUUCUGCGAUUUCUACAGAGUUGCCCUGUGCUCCUCUAGCAAAUAAACUUUUGCACAAAGACCUGUUUCAGUCUUCAGGUUCUCUUGCUUCCAACAACACCAAUUUUUCUGAGUUUGCGGCAAAUAAACCAGCUUUUACCUCUUUUACCAUGAAAACCAAUUUCACUCCUUCCAUAGGUGUAGGAUCUCGGGCUGUAGCCAUUCCAAUUUCUCCUCUACUUGCCGCACUGACCAAUGGAAAACAAAAUAUUGAGAAGAAUUUUUACUCACAGAUUCUAGAUCCCUCUCUUCUUGCACCUUUCCCUCCUUACAUCCUCUUCAAGGAUACUUCCUUGGUACCUACUUCCAAGAACGGCCUUAUUAUACGAGGGAUUGGCAACAAAAAUGUUCCAGAAGAUCCUCCAUUCCCACUUCAGAAGACGGACUCAUUACUACUGGAUUUUGAAGCUAAAGACACUACAGACUCUUUACUUGGGAACAAGUCAUGGCCGCGGCUAACGACCGGAUGGACAUUGUGGAUAGCCCGCUUGCGACUUUAUUUUGAAAAAGAUUGGGAAAGGCUUGGGUUACUUCAAUUGAUAAAAAUGAGUGAACAAUCUUUUGACUUCCAUGCUGGUAUGUGUAGGUCGUUUCUUCGAUACUGGAGUCCUUCUGCCAAUUCUUUCCUUUUCCCUUGUGGUCCCAUGUCUGUUACUCUGAAGGAUGUAUUUAUGCUUACUGGACUUCCAGUUAUUGGUUUCGAUGCUCCCUGUUUAUUUGAGGUAGACCAAAAACAACUGUUCUCUUGUCCAGACUAUCACAGCUACAAGGCAUGCAUUGAGAAGUGGUGCAGAGGAAUGGAGACCCCUUCUUUGGAGGAACAUACAGAAUUUCUAUGGGUUCUCAUCUGUAAGUUUAUUCUGUGUACCCCUUCUGGUGCUCCCACCAAGGAAUCUCUGAGGUUGGCGAGUAAGUUGGCCACUGGGACUUUUGUGGCUCUAGGGUUUGUAUUUCUGGGUGCUUUUUAUCAGGCUCUCCAACAGUGUGUUACCAACAAGCCCUUAGCCAGGUUGGGAGGUCAUAUGUGGUUGCUACAACUGUGGAUCUUCUCUUACUUCCCUGAGGUUAGGGGCAAAGUACCAGGUCCUCUUCGUAUUUCCAUUAUGGAUCUUCUGGAGGCUAAGUGUUGUUUAGAGGAAGGUGCAGUUUUUGACUUUUUGGGAGCUUUAACCACUAGAGAGGCAUCUGCUUUCUCUGUUUUUGAUCUCCCUUUUCAUAUGCCUCUCUGGAUGGCUAUCUUUUCUGGUUACCCCAGUGCCCUUCUCUUGGUUAAGAGAAAGCUUCUUUGUGCUUUCACCACUUCUAGAGUAUUGUUUGUGGGUGGAUCCCAGGCUUUUUCCACUCGUUCUUCUAGCCAGCAUCUUGUGUGGAAAGUAUAUAUGAGCAGUCUCUGGAGUAGACAAUUUGGGAUUGGUCCUGGCCAGAUUCAUCCUUUCUUGGCUCUUUAUGCUACUCUGACUGAGUGGACUAGCAGUGUUGUGGAGAAACUCUCGAAUUUGCAUGUUCACUAUCGCUGUCCUUUAGUGGAGAAUUUGUCCACUUCUCAUGACUUCGCUUCUUGGUGGACAGAGUGGUUCCAAUUGAUCCAGUCCAUGCGUGCAGCCGCCAAAACUCCUAAGAAGUCUACCUCCUCUGGCACUCCUAAGGAAAAGGCCAAAAGAAGGAGAAAUGAUUCAUCAGAUUCCGCCAAAUCCUCUAGAGAAUCUUCUGGUGAAUCUGCCAAAUCUUCUGGUGCAUCUUCUUCACAGACGAAACGGCUUAGGCGUUCUGGGAGAGUGGUGAAACCAGUUAGGAAAUCUGGUGGUCCUAUGCUUGACCCUGACACUGUGAUCUUAGACGAUGAAGACACACCACAUUCUCCAUCUUCUCAUGCUGCAUCUGAUAAUGAAGAAGAAGAUGUCAAUGGUGUUGACACAGGAGUUGAUGCUGAAGACAAUAGAGUUGUUGAAACAAUUGAAGAACAACAAAAUAUCAAUUCAUCAGCUCCGAUCUCCUCAGGUGCCGUUUCCACUUCUUCAGGUGCCACUACAUCUUCUAGUGAAUCUGAGGAAACCAUGUCACAAAUCAAGAAGCUCUCUUCGAUCUUGAAUGAAGACGAAGACUUAGUGGAUUUGAGCUUCUUGGACGAAAUGGUUGCCCCAGAGGUUAAUACUUCCUCGGUUCCUUCUCCAGCUGAUGUCCAUAAUGCCCUUUCUGUGGUCAAGCGAGUUAUGGGCCAACACAUUUCUGCCAUCACGGAUUCUCAGAAGGAAGAUCUGGUUUCCUCUUUCAGCAUCUUACGUCGUGUUCCAGAUUCCAUCAUCACUUCUGAGGUAGAGACUGAGAUUCUGGAGUCGCUGAAUAUGUGGAGGUCUAGUGUGGAGGUUGAAUGCAGUGACCUUCCAAAGUUAGAUUCCUCUAAGGCAAACAAUGCUUUGUAUUUGUCUUUGGGAUCCAAUAAGCGAGAAGUGGCCCAGCAGAUUCGGGAUAUUGAAGCUAAGGGUGAAGCCUUUGAAGAGGAAAUUCAAAAACUGGAGGAUGCCAUUGAAGUUUUGAAAACCAAGCAACUGGAUCUCUUAGAGGCAUGCAAGCCUCUGACUACUAAGUAUCAGGAGAUUGUUUCUCAGUUCCAACCUUUGCAUGUUAUCAUUCGAGAGAAAAGGCAUGAUAUGGCCGCCUGGGUCAAGAAUUGUGCCAAGGCUCGCCAGGACAAAAUAGAUUGCCUUUCCAAGUGGAGUAAGCUGCAGCAUUUUCUCUCCGAUUCACUCUCUGCCUCCCUAUCAACAGUUCCUUGA